AGCUGGAGAUAAAUUGCCCCCCGGUCCAUCCCGAGUUCAGUUACCAGAUCUGCCCUGCUGACAAAAUGCCUAUGAUCUUCGGCUACUGGGACAUCCGCGGGCUGGCGCAUGCCAUCCGCCUGCUCCUGGAAUACACCGAUACAAAUUAUGAGGAGAAACUGUACCGUUGUGGGGAAGCUCCUGACUAUGACAAAAGCCAAUGGCUGGAUGUGAAGUUCAAGCUGGGCCUGGACUUCCCUAACCUGCCAUACCUGAUUGACGGAGAACAUAAGCUCACCCAGAGCAAUGCCAUCUUGCGUUACAUUGCCCGAAAGCACAAUAUGUGUGGUGAGACCGAGGAAGAGAAAAUUCGUGUGGACUUGCUGGAGAACCAGGCCAUGGACUUCCGUAUGAAGCUGGUUCAGGUCUCCUAUAACCCAGAUUUCGAGAAAGUGAAACCUGGCUACCUGGAGCAGCUCCCAGGGCAGCUGAAGCUCUUCUCCCAGUUCCUGGGAAAGCGGACCUGGUUUGCAGGGGAAAAGAUCACUUUUGCGGACUUCCUCAUGUAUGAUGUCCUAGACCAGAACCGAAUGUUUGAACCCAAGUGCCUGGAUGAAUUCCCAAAUUUGAAGGAUUUCCUUGCCCGCUUUGAGGCUCUGGAGAAGAUCGCAGCCUACAUGCGCUCUGACAGAUUCUACAAGCUACCCAUCAAUAACAAGAUGGCCAAAUGGGCCAACAAAAGAGCUUAGCUGUGCCAAGACCCAAGCAGCAGAGGGGCUUGCCACGUGCCCUCCUCUGCUCUGAGAGACCUGGUCUGCUUGCCAGGUUCCCCUGGGCCUGCCUUUGCUGUUUCUGAGACGCACUUGUCUCCCUCCAGCCUACUCCCCACUGUUCUGGCAAUGGUUUGGGGGAGGUAUGGUCACUGAGGCAGGGGAAGGGCCUGAGGGCAGGGAAAAUGAGUAGAUCCAAUGGGGCUAGAAGAAGGGCCUCCCUCCAUCCCCCAUAUCCCUCAUCUCUUCCUGUAACCUUGUGAACUUGCUCUGGAAAUUAAAAAUAAACAUGAAUCUGUGUGA